CAGCUGAUGACAAAACGCUUAUCGACGCAUCUGUGUCGAAUUGCAGCAAGUCACCGUGCGUCGUUGACGGAGGUGCGCAAGUUGAUCUCGAAAUCAUCUUCAAAGCAAGAAGAACAGUCCGUUCCGGGAAGGCGCAGGUUUGCUCAACCGACUCAAAGUCGAAGAUGUGCUCAAGACCAGCUGCGGAAAUAGAAGAUAUCUGCGAGUACAUUGAAGGUGGAUGUCCGCUGGAAGAAGGUAGUGUACACACGUAUAAAAGAACGUAUUUCACGCCCGAUGCUUCGUUGCAAGGUGAAGUAACCUACAAGCUCUACGACGAGGAAUGCAACGUGAUUGCAUGCAUGCAGUACAGAAGGAAGAUUCUCUCCAAGAAUAAGAAAAUGCCGCAAAAUUUGCUAACUGAUGACAGCUAUCCAUGCGGAGGCAAAUGAAAAAGCACACAUGUUCGACUCAUUAUACACGUUCAUGUAUUAUUUGUCUAAAAUGUCUUAACAAUAUAAAUUGCAAUCUUU